UCACAACUCCGCACGUAAGCGCAUCGAAAUCCUCUGAACUUUUUUUAUUAUUAUUAUUAUUAUUAUUAAUGCCAAAAUGCUUUACAACGUUAUAAGUUCAAAACAGUGCUCUCAUACGAUUAAUCCCAUCCAAAAAAAAAAAAAAUGUUUACACGAUACAUGUAUGUGUAGUAUUGUGUACUGUGUUUGUUUAUGCCGCGUGAUAAGUCGUUAAGGUGUAAAAACUACAAUUCCCAGCAUUCCCGUGAGUGGUGUCCGCGCAUGAGCAGAGGGAGAUCCGCCGGAUUCACAUCUCACAAUUCUUUUUUAUUUACACCACAGAAUAAAAAAAAAAACACAGUUGUACCUUUUUAUCUCACAAUUGCAAGUUUAUAUCUUGCAGUCCUGAGUUUCCAAAACUGUAACAAAUAAACUUUGACACAAAGGUGAGAUUCCACACACCGUGACAGACUGUAAGUUACGGUUUCACUGAAGCUGUUGUGGUUGUUCAGCAUAAACUGAAGUCAUCUCAGAAGGAGAAGCUCCGUCAGUUCACGUCCUUCACGCGGGCCGCAGAGAGAAGCGCUCUGUACUGUCUGACCCACAAUGACUGGACACUAGAGACGUCCAGCGAUAACUGCUCCCAGAACCCUGAGCUCCACCGCAGAGACCCCAUGAAGACAGCAGUGGACCACGAGAAGCUGCAUCAGCUGUACCAACACUAUAAAGAUCCACACGAUGAGAGUAAGAUCAGCAUCGACGGGAUCCAGCAGUUCUGUGAUGACCUGCUGCUGGAUCCGGUCAGCGUUAGUGUCCUGAUCGUGGCCUGGAAGUUCAGAGCGGCGACGCAGUGCGAGUUCAGCCGCGAAGAGUUCCUGGACGGCAUGUUACAGCUGGGGUGUGACAGUCCAGAGAAGCUGAGGAGUCUUUUACCCAGACUACAGCAGGAGCUGAAGGAUUCUGGGAAAGACUUCUAUCAGUUCACGUUCAGCUUUGCCAGAAGUCCCGGACAGAAGGGUUUAGGUUCUGGUCACGGAGCUGCAACUAAAGCCAUGUCUGUGGGCAUGCGCUACUGUCAGCCCCAGCGGCUGGACAGUCUGGUGGAAGUGUGAAUAGAGAAGGGCCGGAUGACCCACAAUCACCCCAUAGGGUUCCUGGGCUCGCUGUGUACGGCUCUCUUCACCUCAUACACCAUCCAGGGAAAGCCACUGGUCAGCUGGGGUCGUGACCUCAUGACGGUCAU